AAUAAAUAUUAUUUUUUAGUGUUUAAAAAAAAUGUGUACAUUAAAAACCUUUAUUUUAAAUCUACUAGCCAAAUUUUGAUAUUUCAUAAAAAAUAAUUUGACAAAUUUAUAGUAUUGCAACCCGCGCUUCAUAUUUUGAGCUAUUCGCUGUUGAGAAUUAUGGCUGCCGGAUAUCUGAAAUCUUUGUUUGCCGACGGCACAACAAUCAUGGCGUACAAUCGCCGCAAAACAGAAACAACACGCACUCACACACACACGCAUUCUCUUUGCUCUCAAUUUCGCUACGGCUGCUGCUCUCUUGCCACAGCUGUUGGUCGCACUGAGCGUGAGCAUGAGAUCGGCAGAGGCAGAAAAUGAAGAAGCAGAAGAGAGCAGCAGCAGCUGCUGUGUGUCUGCAACACUGUGCAACACCACGUGCAACAUGCUGCUGAAAAAAGCAUGCCCGACUCCAACAGUGAUACUUGGCCAACUUUGCGUUGGCGCUGCCGCUGCCUCGGCCUCUGCCGCGGCCAGCGUCGCCGCCACCAAUUGGCAACGCGUCGCAAACAGGGAGGAGCCGCUGCAGCGCGCGCUCAUAAAGCAUUCUCGCCUGUCGCUUGCCAGAGAGCAGCACCAGCGCUCGCCUCCAAGAUGGAUGACGCCGCCGACUCUGUGUGUGUGCGAGCGAGCGCGCACCAGAGCCGCAUCGCACGUGCGACAGGGACGGCAGCAUGCGGCCGCGUUAAGUGUGACGAAUGUGCCAUUAUUUUGCUUUAUUGUGUCGUGAGCGGCCGCGUUGCUCUUUUCAAUGGGAUUUCUCACAUAAAUUUACGCAGUCCGACCAGCAAGCCGAACCGACCGAGUCGAGCGCGUCGACGUCGACACCGACAUCGACGUCGCUGUCGCCUUUAACGUGAGCAGCGACAGCGCUGCCCACGUUGCCAAAGCGCUUUGAGCACGGCCCGACGGCUUCUCUUUGAGGGAAGAAUCAUUUGGCCAUUUGCCGUCUGCUAUGGAUGAGGAGAAAACCACGGGCAGAAAUGCUACGCCUGUGGUUAAAUUUAUUUUCAAUUAUAAAUUUUAAAAUAUCCAAUUACUUUUUAAUAAAUAUUUUAAAAAUAAUAAUAUU